UGCCUUCAUGCCCUUUGGAAAUAAACGUACACUCAUUUUCCCUUCUUUCCCAAACAAACCCUUAAUUUCAUCUAAUAGUUUGCAAGAGAAACAGAGAAUAUGAAAUUUGUAACAGCUAUUCUUGUUAUCCUAUUGGCUGCUCCGUCGGUGUUUGCCUUGGAAUACCCCGUUGUUUGGAAUUUAGGCAACGACUACUCCUCUUGGGCUGAUAGACCGCUUACUGCUAAUGAUACACUUUUAUUCACCUACAGUAACGCCCACAAUCUGCUUGUUGUAAAUAGAGGCGACUACGAUAAUUGUGCUCCCAGCAACCCCAUUACUUCACACACCGAUGGAAGAACUGUCAUUCCUCUAACACCUGGCCCAAUGUACUUUAUUUGUGGCAUUGGAAACCAUUGUACACAAGGCAUGAGGUUGCAAGUCAAUGUCAGCACUUCGGCUUCUGGUGGCACUACACCAUCCAGCACCGCUGGAACUCCUCCAUCAUCUUCAACUCCAGCUGGUAGCAAUGGAGCACCAGGGCUUUCAAUGGCCACUCAUGUCAUGUUUGGUUUGCCGCUUGCUUUGGGAACUUUGUUGGCUUUCAUGGCCUAGGAAAGAGGCAGUGCAAAUUAUCCAUCAAGUAAAAACAGGAUAUUUUAAAGAUUGUGUGAAUUACUCGGUUUGUUCAAAUAGUUGUUUUCUCUUAACUUUUAAGGACUUUGUUGUCGAUUCCAAGAGAUGUAGAUUGUAUUUAAGUAGUGAUUGGAUAUCUUGUCUGGGUUUGCAAUU